AUGGAUGACGAUAGUUACGAAAUCGCACAAACAAUCCAUGCAUUAAAAAAUAAUAAUAAUAUAGAAUUUUUCGCUCGUACCGAAUCAUAUAAUAAAUAUGAGGCUGAGCGAAAACGUAAAGCAUUAAACCUUGCAGAAUCGGAUCCAAUGAAUGGACUCGAAAUCGAAUGUAUAUUUGCCGUGAAAUCCGAUGAAGAUAAUUCAAAUACGAAUAAUCAAGAUGAUUUCUAUGAAUCGGAUAUCGAAGUUGCACAAAUGAAUCCACGCCAAUGUGAGUACUGUUUUAAAACACUUAGUUCGAAAUCGAAAUUGAAUAGACAUUUAAAAAUUCAUACAGAAAAACGUUAUUUUGAUUGUAAUAUAUGCUUACAAGUAUUUCGAACACAGAAGAAUUUCGAUGAACAUGUUCGAGAAGUUCAUAUGAAUAGUAAUGAGAACACAAUUGAAAGCAUACUCGAACCGGAAAUUUUAUUGAGCGAUUAUAGUUCAGAUGGGGAAAAUGAUGAUGAUAAAUCGAAUAAUAUGGUUUUAGAGCCAGAAGUCAUUAUGGGUGAAGAGGGACAAUCGGACGAUGAACUAGAAGAUGAUAUAGACCAAGAAGAUGAUAUACGUGGUUCUUCUCCAAGUAUACCAGCAUCGAGCCCAACAAAUAACUCAACAAAUAGUAGUGAUGUGAAUAAACCUUAUCAAUGUCAAUUAUGCCCGAAAGCGUUUCGAUAUUCAUCGAAAUUGGCACGUCAUCAAACGGUGCACACGGGCGCAAGGCCCUAUAAAUGUGAGAUAUGUGAAAAAUGUUUUACAACAUUUUUCAAUGAUCAUGUAUUACAACGGCAUCAGGCUGUACACUCGAAAGGCACUAAGUACAAAUGUAACGAUUGUGGGCGUACAUAUAAAUGGAAGAAUCGAUUUAUCGAGCAUAAAGGAUUGUGUACAUAUACGGCCAAAGUUAAGAAACCAUCGAUAUUGUUUGCAUAA